CAAACGACAAAGCUCAAACCCAAAAAACGGCACCGUAAGUAUCUAUCUAUUCAUCAUCGUCGUCAUCAAAACCUCGAGGUGCUGCAGAAUCCAAAUUUCCAGCACUGGGAAGUAAGGAAGUAAGAAAGAAAGAAAGAAAGAAAGAAAGAAGAUUUUUUUUUUCUUUUCUUUUCUUUUCCUCUGCUUUCGUGGUAAAAUACGGAGGUAGAAAAUGAAAUCCGUCAUUACAAAACCUCCUCUUAAUUCCAUUCAGCUCCCAAAACCCGUUAUUAUCCGAUUCCACUGUUCUCUCGCUAAUCUCACAUCUCACAGACAUGUCUUUAAACCUAAAAAAUUAGGCUCCCAAAGUCCCCUAAUUCUCUUCAUUCAACGUAAAAGACUCUCAAUUAGCACUUUUGCAGAUGCUGCUUCCAGCUCUAACUCGGUUAUGGAGUCGCCUAACUCAGAAGAAGAAGACGCCGAGUCCGCCCAGCUGUUCGUGAAAUUGAAAGAGGCCGAGAGGCAGAGAGUAAAUGAGUUGGAAGAAUUAGAGAGGAAAGCGGAUGUGCAAUUGGAGAGGCAGCUUGUAAUGGCAUCCAACUGGAGCAGGGCAUUGUUAACUAUGCGUGGAAAGUUGAAGGGAACGGAGUGGGAUCCUGAGAACUCUCAUAGAAUUGAUUUUAGUCAAUUCUGGAGUCUUCUUAAUUCAAAUAAUGUUCAGUUUAUGGAGUACUCAAAUUAUGGGCAGACUGUGUCAGUGAUUCUGCCAUACUACAAGGAUGGAAAAAUGCAGGGAGAAGGAAAGAAUUCGAAGAAGGAAAUUAUUUUUCAGCGGCAUGUGGUUGACCGUAUGCCAAUUGAUUGUUGGAAUGAUGUCUGGAAAAAGCUGCAUCAGCAAAUAGUGAAUGUCGAAGUCAUUAAUGUGGAUACAGUUCCUGCAGAAGUCUACUCUACUGUUGCAACUGCAGUAAUUUGGUCUAUGCGGCUUGCUUUAUCUGUUGCAUUAUAUGUUUGGAUUGAUAAUAUGAUGAGACCAAUUUAUGCAAAGUUAAUACCUUGUGAUUUGGGAAAGCCUAGUCAAACUAUUAGGCAGCCACUCAAACGCCGUGCACUUGGGUCACUAGGCAAGAGUCGGGCAAAGUUUAUAUCAGCAGAAGAAACUACUGGUGUUACCUUUGAUGAUUUUGCUGGCCAGGAGUACAUAAAGAGGGAACUACAGGAGAUUGUACGAAUUUUGAAGAAUGAGGAGGAGUUCCAAGACAAGGGAAUCUAUUGUCCAAAAGGUGUACUUCUCCAUGGGCCCCCAGGAACUGGUAAAACUUUGCUAGCUAAAGCUAUUGCUGGUGAAGCAGGACUGCCUUUCUUUGCAGCAAAUGGCACCGAUUUUGUAGAGAUGUUUGUAGGUGUGGCAGCUUCUCGUGUCAAGGAUCUUUUUUCCAGUGCCAGAUCAUUUGCCCCAUCCAUCAUCUUUAUUGAUGAAAUUGAUGCUAUUGGCAGCAAGCGUGGAGGACCUGAUAUUGGUGGGGGUGGUGCUGAGAGAGAGCAAGGCCUCCUUCAGAUACUGACGGAGAUGGAUGGAUUUAAAGAAUUUACAUCUCAGGUGCUAGUUAUAGGUGCAACAAAUAGACUUGACAUUCUUGAUCCUGCUCUCUUGAGAAAGGGUCGUUUUGACAAGAUUAUAAGAGUUGGUUUGCCAUCUAAAGAUGGCAGAUUGGCAAUUUUAAAGGUGCAUGCCAGAAAUAAAUUUUUCCGUUCAGAGCAGGAAAAGGAGGCUUUACUUCUGGAAAUUGCGGAGUUGACAGAAGAUUUUACAGGAGCAGAGCUGCAGAAUAUACUGAAUGAAGCUGGAAUUUUAACAGCCAGGAAGGAUUUAGAUUCCAUUGGACGAGAAGAACUUCUAGAGGCUUUGAAGAGGCAAAAAGGAACUUUUGAAACAGGCCAGGAAGAUAGUACUGAAAUUCCACAGGAAUUAAAAUUAAGAUUGGCAUAUCGGGAAGCAGCUGUUGCUGUUCUUGCGUGCUAUUUUCCUGAUCCCUAUCACCCUUUUACAGAGACACAUAUAAAUUCUAUCCAUAGCCAGCCAAACAUGCACUAUGCAGAAACUGCCGGCAGGGUUUUUGCAAGGAAAUCAGAUUAUGUGAAUGCUAUAGUGCGUGCAUGCUCUCCUAGAGUAAUUGAGGAGGAGAUGUUUGGGGCAAACAAUUUGUGUUGGAUCUCUGCAAAAGCAACAUUAGAAGCUUCAAGGCUUGCAGAGCGUUUGAUUCUUCAGACUGGGAUGACAGCAUUUGGGAAAGCAUUCUACAGGAAUCAUAGUGAUCUUGUCCCCAAUCUUGCAGCAAAACUUGAAGCACUUCGGGAUGAAUACAUGCGUUAUGCUGUUGAAAAAUGUUCAUCAGUGCUGAGAGAAUACCAUUCAGCUGUGCAGACAAUUACAGAUAUUUUACUUGAGAAGGGAGAGAUAAAAGCUGACAAAAUUUGGGAUAUAUACAAAAGUGCUCCACGAAUACCUCAACCUGCUGUGAGCCCUGUUGAUGAAUAUGGAGCCCUAAUUUAUGCUGGACGAUGGGGUAUGCAUGGGAUUACACUUCCUGGGAGAGUUACAUUUGCACCUGGAAAUGUUGGCUUUUCAACCUUUGGUGCUCCCCGCCCCAUGGAGACUCAAAUUAUCAGUGAUGAAACCUGGAAGCUCAUAGAUGGUAUUUGGGAUAAAAGGAUUGAAGAAAUAAAAGCUGAAGCUUCAAUGGAGAUUGAGGAAGACAAUGAGAAGCCACAACUUUUGAUGGCCAGCCAUUUUCUUUGAAGACAAUUCAUUUUUUCUUGGUGGUCAGAAUGCAGUUCCAUUGCCUCUCUCCUCCCAUCUUGUAUGCAGUUCCAUCUGAAACCUCAUUUUAUUUUUGUUUAUUGGUGGUUGGUGGCAUAUAAGAAAUGUCUAAGAAUAUGGUGUUGGCACCAUAUAUUCAUCUUUUCUUCCCUGGUUCCACCACCUAAUUUUAAAGAGAGAGUUAUCAUAGACUUGUUCUAUAUGCAUAGGAGUUGAAAUUCUAGAUUGCAACAUAUUUUCCUCCUGAAUUUUUCUUCCUAAGUCCUCAUCCCUCUUUUUGAUUGGUAGUGUUAGGCCUCCAUUUCAUUCGUUGCAAAAUUGGCUACAAUACCAGAUAGUUGCUAGAAGAGCAGCUUCUGCCUUUGCUUUUGUUGAUUAAUCUUUUAUUUUGCCUUUAGAGUCGAGUGUUCAUUCCAUAAACUUCCAUGCUUGGGUAAAAAUAUCCAAUUCAAGGGCACUCAGACCAGCCCAAUUUCAGUUUGGAAACGUCUAUGUUGCAUGGUGUAGGGAUCAAGAAUUUAAUGUAAAAAUAACUAUCUUUCUUCCUGUGAUUAUUUCCUAAUUUUCUCCUUUUUAACGCUUUUAACUUCAUAUUUUUGAGACCAUAACUACAUUCUUGCUGCCAUGACUGUUAUGUUUCUGUAUUCAUAUUCUUCUAUAAGAUGAGAGAUGGUUUUUAUAUGAA